UGCAGCGCCGCCGCCGACGGAGCCGCGUGUGAUGGGCCUACGUGAGGCGUACGCCGUGGGGGAGGUGGUGAGCGCCAACUGCACGGCCGGCCGCUCGCACCCGCCCCCGCACCUCACCUGGUACAUCAACGGCAUCAAGGCGGAGCGGUGGUUCCCAGGGCGCGCGCCGGCGCCGCUGGACGAGGCGGAUGCAGUGGGGCUGGUGGCGCGCACGCUGCCUCUGCGCCUACGCGCCGAGCGACGCCUCUUUGAGGCGACGGCGGCGGGGCUGCGCUGGACGCGGCUGCUGACGCCGGCGCUCUUGCCCGACGGCAGCGACGGCGAGGGGCCGGGUGGCCACCGCGCGCCGCCCCGCGAGACGGAGCCCCUCGCCCGCGAGGCCACGCGCGCCCGCCCUCACGACCUCCCCGCGCACGCGCGCGCCGCA